ACAACCAAGAUGGCGGCGGAGCGGACAGCCGGCUCCGCGCAGUGACUGACAGACAGAAGAAGCCUCUCUCUCUCUCUCGCUCUCUCUCUCUCUCUGUCUCUCUCUCGCUGUGUCUCGGGGUUGGACGGUUAACGGAGGGACUCUUCUUCACUGACAGAGAUAUAUUAUAUAAAUCAACCGAACUGUUUGUCGUUACCGAAAUGAAGCAGAACCGUUAACCGACAGAAGCUGAAGUUGUGUGUGAGGACUAAUUUGACGUCCAGAAACGAGGCAGCCGGGGGUGAUGGGAGAUGAUGGAAGACAAAGGCCCUCGUGUAGCCGACUACUUUGUGGUAGCCGGUCUGACGGACCCGUCCAAACCGUUGGACCAGGAGAUCCACUUUGAUGAUGUCUGCCACAAGAUGGCCAAGCCAAAGGCGCCCAUCACAGAUGUGGCCCUGGUGAUCCGGUCCAUGGGAGAGGAGGUGCCGCAAGGGUACACAUGUAUAGAGGAGACACCAAGUGGACAUUCAGCUGAUCUUAACAACGGGGGCCUCAUGGCUCCUCAGAUCUUCUUGUGUUACAGGCGAGGCCGCGACAAGCCACCCCUCACUGACCUGGGUGCGCUGUAUGAGUGGAAGGAGCGACUGAAGCAGGGCUGUCACAUCAUCCAGACCACGCCCUCUGGACGCCCCGCCAACAUCAGUGGGAAUUCCUCUCAGCGCAUCUACGUGACCUAUCGCCGGGCGCCUGAGAGUCAGCCACACACCGCCCUGGCUGUGACGGACAUCUGCAUCAUCAUCCCGAGCAAGGGAGAGACGCCCCCACACACAUUCUGCAAGGUGGAGAAGAACCUGAACAGCAGCAUGUGGGGCUCCUCGGUAUACCUGUGUUACAAGAAGUCUGUGGCAAAAACCAACGCCAUUGCCUACAAAGCAGGUUUAUUCAGCAGAUACCCAGAGGAGGAUUAUGAGUCGUUCCCCUUGCCAGAGUCUGUCCCUCUCUUCUGCCUUCCCAUGGGGGCAACAAUUGAGUGCUGGCCAGCUAACACCAAAUACUCCCUCCCUGUUUUCUCCACCUUUGUCCUCACCGGAGCCUCUGGAGAGAAGGUGUACGGUGCCGCCAUUCAGUUCUACGAGACUUACCCCCUGGAGUGUCUGACUGAUCAGCAGCGCUCCCACCUGGGUCUCCUGAAUCCGGAACCAAACAAACCCCCCUCCACCAAAACUACACCGACAGGCACCAAAAGCACCACUAACAGCCCCACUACUCCACGCCUGGUCUACACCAACAAGUGCAUCUGUCUGCUCUCCCACUGGCCCUUCUUUGACGCUUUCCGAAAGUUCCUCACAUUCCUAUAUCGCUACUCCAUCUCCGGCCCGCACGCUCUGCCCAUCGAGAAGCACAUUUCUCAUUUUAUGCACAAAGUUCCCUUCCCUUCCUCCCAGAGGCCUCGUAUCCUGGUUCAGCUCUCCCCUCAUGACAGUCUGAUGUUGAGCCAGCCGGUGUCUUCUCCUCUGCCGCUCAGUGGUGGUAGAUUUUCAACGCUGCUUCAGAACCUCGGACCAGAGAACGCAGUCACCCUCCUGGUGUUUGCCGUCACUGAACAUAAGAUCCUGGUCCACUCGUUACGACCCGCAGUACUGACCAGCGUCACUGAAGCUCUGGUGUCUAUGAUUUUCCCGUUCCACUGGCCAUGCCCUUAUAUCCCUCUGUGCCCCCUGGCGUUGGCUGACGUGUUGAGCGCCCCCUGUCCAUUCAUCGUGGGCUUGGACUCCCGCUACUUCGAUCUCUACGACCCCCCACCUGAUGUGAGCUGUGUGGACCUCGACACAAACACCAUCUUCCACAAUGAGGAUAAGCGAGCCCUCACGUGGAAGAUUCUGCCAAAGAAAGCCUGUAAAAACCUGAUGAAUGUGCUGAGCAAUCUCUACCAGCAACUGGUCGAUGGUCAGUACCGUCCUGAUGGGUUGCUGGAGCUGAGCAUGAAUGACACAUCAGAGCUGAGCUGCGGAAAAAGCCUCCACACACUGGAGCUGGAGAUCCAGGAAGCCUUCCUGCGCUUCAUGGCAGCCAUCUUGAAAGGUUACCGUUCAUUCCUGAGACCCAUCACUCAGGCACCUUCUGAGAAAGCCACAGACGCCAGCUCCCUUUUUGACUUGCAAGGGUUCUUGAAGAGCCGCGACCGCUCGCACCAGAAGUUCUACUCACUGAUGACCAAAACUCAGAUGUUCAUCCGCUUUAUUGAGGAGUGCUCGUUUGUCAGUGACAAAGACGCCAGUCUGGCCUUCUUCGAUGACUGUGUGGACAAGCUCUACAAUUCAGAGCGAAGUGCAGACAAAGCAAGCAAGGUGGACGGUGACAGGCCGGAGGAGGCCAGGCUGAUAGAGAUUGAUGAAUCCCAGCGCAGCGAACACACAGUCUUCAUCACGCCACCGGAGCUGCCUCCUCUGCCUGAGGGGGAGGAAUAUCCUCUCUGCUACAGAUAUGAUGGUUUCCCAGUGUUGAGCCUUGACCUGUUUGACCCUGUAGAGGGCCUGCGGACCCCCUCCUCUCGCCUCGCUGCCAGGCAGAGCUGUCCCACCAGCCCUGCCCCCAUGUUUAGACGCACCAAGCAGGAGAUCAAAUCAGCUCAGAAGAUAGCCAAGAAGUACUCGUCCAUCCCUCAGCUGUGGUCCAAAUGUCUGCUCCGUCACUGCUACGGCCUGUGGUUCAUCUGUCUGCCAGCAUAUGUGAAAGUGUGCCACUCCAAGGUGCGGGCCCUUCGCACUGCCUACGAUGUCCUCAGGAAGAUGCAGGCAAAGAAACUACAGCCGCCUGACGAGGUCUGCUACCGCGUGCUGAUGCAGCUGUGUGGACAGUAUGGCCAACCUGUGCUCGCAGUCAGGGUCCUGUUUGAGAUGAAGAAAGCUGGAGUUCACCCCAACGCCAUCACUUAUGGCUACUACAACAAGGCGGUGUUGGAGAGCACAUGGCCCUCCAGCACCAGAGGAGGAUACUUCCUGUGGAUGAAGCUGAGAAAUGUGGUCCUGGGCGUGGCGCAGUUCAAGCAGGCUUUGCGACGUCAAGCUCCCCUCACCCAGAGCCCCCUCUCAGAUGGCAGCGACCUGGACGCUGUGAGUCACGGCAGCCUGGAUAGCUCUGCCGACACUAACCUGGCUGAGCAGGGCCCCUACACCACUGACUCUGCCAAAGUUUACCCCACUGACGAUAGAUCUAGCACAGCUGGCGGUGGGGGCGGCAGCGUGGGCGCCAGGGCCCCGGUGGUCCACUCACACUGGGGGGGCUCUGAGCUCAGAGAAGCCACCCUCCAUCCAGGUGAUCAAUCAGAUUUGGGUUACAACUCACUGUCCAAAGAAGAGGUUCGGAGGGGAGACCCCAGCGCCCCGGACUCGGCCCCUGACAAAGAUGACAAGAAGGAGAGCGACUGCAGCUCCUUGUCGGAGACUGAGAGCAGCAAGGGAAGCAAAGACUGCCUGCCUCAGCUGGACGUGGAGGCCCAGUCCUCCUUCAAACCCAGAGGAAUUGUUCGCAGCAGUUGUCCUUUCGACGAUUCGUCAUGUAAACCCAAGAGCUCGGCCAGCACAGGCCAUGUUGCAGGACUCCUCUUCACCUCCUCCCUGGAUGAGAUCGGUGAGGUCAAUAGUAACAGUCUGCUCAGGAGACAUAAGAGCGCUCUGGAGGAGGUAGUUGGCAGCUCUGGCGGCGGCUCGUCUCUUGACUGGCAGGGCGUGAGGGGACGCCGGCUGAGUGGUGACACUGUGGGCAGCAGCGGCAGCGGCACCACAGUCCUGGGUCUGGGCAUGAGCCAGGGUGAAACCGACCCAGAAAAGAUUGCGGGACACCUGGGCGCGGAUGUGAAGAUUCUCUCUGGUGCAAACUUCAGUAAGAAAACGAGGCCUCGAUCGCUGGUUUUUAAUGUGCCAGAGGGGGUGUCUGCCAAGGCAGGUGUGGUCAGGUGUCACGAUCACAUGGAGGAGGAAGAGGAGACAGAGGGAGCGGACUCCAGUGAUGAGGACAGAGGCAAUACUGAGGCCAUUUUUGAUUUGGAGGACAUAGAUUUAGACAAACCCGCCUCAGGAGGAGGAGGCACAAGCUCCAAAAAAGCUCAUAAAAAGCCUGUUGGGCGCAGCGCCAGCUAUGGCGGCAUCGGCACAGAGGCAUCAAGAGUGGCAGUGAAACGCACAGACAUCGAGACGGGCUACGAUCCCCUGUCCCUGCUGGUUGCAGAGUCUAAGCCUAAACCGCAUAAUGAGGAUCAGUACCCAGAGGUGGACGAGGCUGACACACCAAACGCCCGGAGGCACCUUGCCAGGGAGAUCGAGCUCUACAUGAAUCACAUGGGCAGCCCGCUGAGCAGCCGCACACCCAGCCUGGACCUACAGGACCCGGCCAGCCCCCUCCUCCUCCACCCCUCCUCCCUCUCCAUCCCCCGCAGAGCCAGCCUGCCCCACAGCUCCCCCCUCAGGACUGCAGGAGUACCACGCUCCCGCACCUUCCAUCCACCUUCCCCCUCUGAAGCCAUCUCAGGCCAGCAUCUGUGUGUAUCACCUCCCCGCCGCAGCUGCAGCACCACUCCCAGCCCCAGCCCCCGACCCAGCCCGUACAGGGAGAGGAGAGACAGGAUGAGCUUCGCCUCACCUUCACCUUCAUCCUCCUCGUUCGCUUUGGACACUCUGCUCACACCAACUCUUGAUGUGUUUAAGACCAGUGUGGUCUCUGCUGGGAAGGGCGUGGCAGAGAAGGCAAGCCGCUGGUACUCUCGUCUUGCCACGUACACAACUCCCACCAAGGAGGGUUUCAGUGACCAACUGAGUGUGUCCUCACUGGGCGUUGGAGAUCCAGACUGCACCUCCAUGCUGGACGAGGAGGACUGUCGGGAGAGGGGGAGCUCUGUGGUCUCUCCUCAGAGAAAUGGCCCCAUGGGACCUCGCAGGAGCCCCAGACGUAGCCCCCUGCACAGCAGACUAGAGAGCCCCACUACAGGCUCCAGCCUUGGGAGACCAACAUCUCUACUCUCUGGAUGUGUCCUCUCACCUCCUGGCUUUCCUUUGCCAGAUAAGUCGGACCUCGGCUCUUCACGCUACACCAGCAACACCAGCAUCUUCAACAAUUACGCCAUGGAGCUGCUGAUCUCCAGCUGUUCUCGCUGUAAGACGUGUGACUGUCUGGUGUACGACGAGGAGAUCAUGGCCGGCUGGACGGCCGACGACUCCAACCUGAACACCACCUGUCCCUUCUGUGGAAACCCCUUCCUGCCGUUCCUCAAUGUGGAAAUCAGAGACAUGAGAGGACCCGGCAGGCUGUUCCUGAAGGGUAGCCCGUCUGUGGACGAGGCGAUGACCUCCUCUUACUCUGCCUCCACAGGCCUCGAUACAGGGACGUCCAACUUAUCCACCCCCUGUCCCACAACGGCUGUCUCCCCUCCCUCACCUGUGAUUGCUGUCCAGGAGGGCUCAGGCGGUGGACGGACUCGGUCAACCAAAGCUCAAGGUAUCAACAUCCCCACAGACCACCGGCAUGGGGCGCUGUCCCCUGGAGGACCCAUGGCUCGCAGUGUCAGCGCAUUCGGUCCUCUGGAGGAAACAUCUCUACCCAGACGCUGUGUGCCGACGUCGGGGAGCCUGCCAAGCCGUCUUAAUGAAACCCCUGACCCCUUGAAUAUGGAGUGGCGGCUCCACAACCCUGAGCCAGUAACGGUCCCCUACUUGAGCCCUCUGGUUCUGUGGAAGGAGCUGGAGAGUCUGCUGGAGAACGAGGGUGACCCGGUGAUCACAGAGUCUGACAUGGUGGACCAUCACCCCAUCAUCUACUGGAACCUGGUCUGGUAUUUUAGACGACUGGACCUGCCCAGCAACCUGCCCGGUCUCAUCCUCACCUCUGACCACUGCAACAUAGAAUCCCAGGUCCCUCGUCACUGGAUGUCGGAGGACAGCAAACACGUGUUGAUCCAGAUCUUGUGGGACAACUUGAAGCUGCACCAGGACGCGAUCCAGCCUCUCUACAUCCUGUGGAACACCUACAAUGUGGGUUACCCUCUGUCCCGGCCGGUCCCGGAGGAGGAGAAGCCGUUCAGCGAGGAGCUGCUGCAGAGCGUGGUGAGGGGCAUCCAGAGGAACGACGUCAGCCGGCCGAUGGGUCAGCUGCUGCAGCUGCUGGGACAGACGCUCGGGGUCAAAAGGCAAAGGAGUUUGUACAGAGACAUCCUCUUCCUCUCUCUGGUGGCUCUGGGAAAAGAUAACAUUGAUAUCGACGCCUUUGACCGCGAGUACAAGCUGGCGUACGACCGCCUGGUCCCGGGCCUGGUGAAGCUGACCCAUAACUGUGACCGUCCUCCCAGCACGGGGGUGAUGGAGUGCCGCCGGACGUUUGGAGAGCCUUACCUGUAAAAUAUCUCCCCUUCUCACACACACACACACACACACACACACACACACACACACACACACACACACAUACACACACCAGGAUUUAAACUGUCUCUAAACACGUCAUCGCUUUAAGACGAGCUCAGGAAACCUGUUGGCAGACUGUGAAUGUGCACUACAGUAACCAGAAACUAUUAAAUGUUAAAAAAAGGUACGAUCAGCAGCGCUCAGCUUUAUGUAGCCUGAAAAAAACAAACAAGUUUUACAGACUUUUAACUAACAGAUGAUUCAAACACUCACACAUUCAUAACUCAUCCAGCGCUGUUACACGAGGAGUCCACCCUGUGAAGAUUCUAUAAAUAUCCUGUAAAUACACCACAGUAGAGGAUUUUUUUAACGCUACAUUUAUAUUGUCAUACAGCAUAUGAAGGCUUUUAUUAGCAAUAUUUUAACUUGAAAUAUUUAUACAAAGUAAGCUUUA